AUGUCUGUCACUGAUCAUUCCCUCCCUCAACCACCGCUUUAUCCCUCCGCUGCUCAAGAAGGAAAUUCCGACAACCCCUUUACGACAAGAAGACAAAUUAAUGAAGAACAAAAUGGUAGACCCGGUAAUUCUAGUGAACAAGAAGAAAUAA